GCCGCUGUGGCUUGGUGCCUGCGAGUCGUAUCUUCCGAGUCAUUGACCAACCGGAUUCUCUUGUGGAAAGUAUCUGCUACGACUGUUUUGCCAAUGGAGAGAUAUUAUAUGACUCAACCCAGCCAUGAGAGCGUAUAAAUGUGUGGUUGGAGGACGUAAUGAAUAGGACGUCUGGUUGCGCCGUUCUCUUGCUCGGUGUCUAGGUUGUUGCUGCCGCCUGUGACUCAACUCCCACUUCGCAUCCAAAACCUUAACGCCCCGGACGGUGAGUCUUUAGGAGGCCAUGACGGGCUUCAAUGGGUGUCUGCUGAGCCCAUUGAGGCAAUCGCGGGUUCAAUUGGCCCGGCACGUCGGUCGACCGUCUUUGCGGUUCUACUCGGCGCCUUCUAACGGCUCGAUUCCGGCGGCCAAAAAGAAAUAUGUCCCAACCCAGGGCACUUACCCUCUUGGCUUCAGGACUUCCGGCACAGUAGUCGGAGUCAAGCCGGGGAACAAGACGAAACCGGACCUGGCCUUGCUGACGUCGGAUGUGCCCUGUGCUGCCGCAGCGGUCUUCACCAAGAACAAGUUCCAGGCGGCGCCCGUCACAUUCAGCCGGGCCCUCCUUCAGAAAAAGAGCAACCGGGGCAUCCAGGGUGUUAUCAUCAACUCGGGAUGCGCCAACGCAGUCACGGGCAAGGGCGGUCUGGAGGACGCCGCCAAGAUGGCCCACGAGGCCGAUAGGUGCAUCGGCCAGAGCGAUAGCACCAUCGUCAUGAGCACGGGCGUGAUCGGCCAGCGGUUGCCCAUCGACAAGAUUCUCGAAAAGGUGCCGGCAGCGCACGAGGCUUUGGGCGGGUCCCACGAGCAUUGGCUGACGGCGGCCAAGGCUAUCUGCACUACCGACACAUUCCCCAAGCUCAUGUCCCGUACGUUCAACCUGCCUUCCUCCCCAGGUGUCGAGUAUAGGGUAGCGGGCAUGACGAAGGGCGCCGGCAUGAUCCACCCCAACAUGGCCACUCUACUGGGCGUCAUCGCCACCGACGCGCCCAUUUCGUCGGCCGCCCUGCCCUCGGUGCUCAAGCACGCCGUCGACCGCUCGUUCAACAGCAUCACCAUCGACGGUGAUACGUCGACUAAUGACACCAUGGCGCUGUUGGCCAACGGCCAAGCGGGCGGCAAGGAGGUGGUGGAAGGCACGGCGGAUUAUGACGCCUUCCGUGCCGUGUUGACAGACUUUGCGGCCGAGCUGGCUCAACUCGUCGUGCGCGACGGCGAAGGUGCUACCAAGUUUGUCACCAUCCGGGUGACGGAGUCUGCUAGCGAGGAGGCCGCACGCAGGAUUGCCAGCACGAUUGCCCGGUCGCCGCUGGUCAAGACGGCGCUUUACGGCAAGGACGCAAACUGGGGCCGCAUCUUGUGCGCGACAGGAUACUCGCUUAUUUCUGAGCCCGGUCAGCCGGUCAACGAGGUCCCUAUCGACCCGGAAAAGACAAACGUGUCAUUCAUCCCCACUGACGGCACGGCGGAGCUGAAACUUCUGGUGAACGGAGAGCCGGAAAAGGUCGAUGAGGCGAGAGCUGCCGAGAUCCUCGAGCUUGAAGACCUUGAGAUCCUGGUUAGGCUCGGCAUGGGCGAUAAGCAGGCCACGUACUGGACGUGCGACUACAGCCACGAGUAUAUGGUUGAGAAGUACAGACCCGUCUUCCUCGACGACAUUGUCGGUAACACGGAGACGAUUGAGCGGCUCAAGAUCAUCGCCCGUGAUGGCAACAUGCCACACCUCAUCAUCUUGGGCAUGCCCGGUAUCGGCAAGACCACGAGCGUCUUGUGCUUGGCGAGACAAUUACUCGGCGACUCGUAUAAAGAGGCGGUGUUGGAGUUGAAUGCCAGCGAUGAGAGAGGCAUCGAAGUGGUCCGGCAGCGGAUCAAGGGGUUCGCCCAGAAGAAGGUCACCCUCCCGACCGGGCGGCACAAGAUCGUGAUCCUGGACGAAGCCGACAGCAUGACCUCAGGCGCACAGCAGGCCCUGCGGAGAACGAUGGAGAUCUAUUCCAACACCACGCGUUUUGCCUUUGCGUGCAAUCAGUCCAACAAGAUCAUUGAGCCACUUCAAUCCCGAUGUGCCAUCCUGCGAUACGCCAAGCUCACGGACGCCCAGGUGGUGAAGCGGCUAUUGCAGAUCAUCGAGGCGGAAAAGGUUGAAUACAGCGAUGACGGACUGGCGGCGCUCGUCUUCAGCGCCGAGGGCGACAUGCGUCAGGCCAUCAACAACCUGCAGUCGACGUACGCUGGGUUUGGCUUCGUGUCCGGCGACAACGUCUUCAAGGUGGUUGACUCGCCGCACCCGAUCAAGGUGCAGGCGAUACUCAAGGCAUGCUACGAAGGGAACAUCGAUUCGGCGCUCGACACGCUGCGAGAGUUGUGGGAUCUGGGGUACUCGAGCCACGACAUCAUCAGCACCAUGUUUAAGGUGACCAAGACGAUCCCGACGCUGAGCGAGCACGCCAAGUUGGAAUUCAUCAAGGAAAUUGGCUUCACGCAUAUGAAGAUCCUGGAGGGUGUGCAGACGCUGCUGCAACUAAGCGGGUGCGUGGCUCGCCUGUGCAAGCUGAAUAUGGAUCCGAAGAAGUUUGAGUUGCCGAAGAAGUGACGAGCUAGACGAGGAAAUCAAAGAUAC